AUGAUUCUAUAUGUUGUGGGGGAUUCCCCAUCUAUUGGAGCUGUAAAUCGAUUUUUGGCUAGUCAAUGGGAUUUUGCUUCAAAGCCAGCCAUCUACUACCACAAUGAUGGAUACUUUGUGAUCAAGUUCCAUUGUUGUGAUGAUAGAGAUCAGGUUAUGCGGUCAGGUCCCCAUAUGAUCAAUAAUAGGCCAGUGAUUUUAAAGCCGUGGAGUGCUCACUUCAAUUUUAGUGACGAGAUCUUGAAGACAAUCCCCCUAUGGGUAAGGUUCCCUAAUCUCCUGUUGAAUUGUUGGGAACCUGAUUCACUUAGUCGUCUUGCUAGUGGACUAGGUACUCCUCUUUGUGCUGAUGAGUGUACCUUAAAAAUGGAAAGGAUUUCUUAUGCUCGGGUGCUAAUAGAAAUGGACAUUACUGUCCCUCUACCCACAUCAGUUAAAAUCCUUGAUUCGAGUGGUAAAACAUUUGACCAGGUUGUGGACUAUGAGUGGUGGCCUCAAUACUGUCCUGUUUGUUGCCAAAUUGGGCACGUAUGCCCAGUGCAGCCACCCAAAAAGGUUCAACCCAAGCAGAACAAAAGAGAACCAAGGAAAACUGCACAGGUUUGGCAUGGGAAGGUACAACAACAACCGGCCAAGGACGUGGUAGUGAACGCUGAGAGUGCUUCUCAUCCUACUGUGAAUAAGGGAUGGAUGCAAGUCCAUGGAAAGGCAGCUGGAAAAAAACCAGUGCCGAAUCCUACAGAAGAGCAGCUAGAGGUGGAUAUAAGUAAUGAUUUCACACACUGA